UUAGCCACGGUUUGCCAAGAGAAGCAGAAACUUUGUGAGUAAUUUACUAGAGGAAAAACAAGUGCCACUCAUAUGCAGAAAAACUACUGAGCUGCGUAAGUCCCAGUGGUCACAGACGAUCACGAUGCGUUCAAAGAGGGAAAAUGCAGCCUUCGGCAUACUUUCUUCACCUGAAAUGUUAUUUACCAGCCAUAUUUGGACGCUGAAGUACAAAGGAACAUGCUACAUGAACUGAAGCAAAGCUGGUAACCAGCAGAAAAGACACGAACAUUAAGGUCACUAUGUGGAGCUGCGAAGCUUUCAAUAGUACCAAAAAUAUAGAGGACCAGCAUCUUUGCCAUGAUUUUCAUCUUGUACUUUCCAUUUUUUCACUACUCUACCUCAUCAUCUGUUUCCCGAUUGGCCUUUGCUAUAAUGCCCUACUGGUCCUAGUCAACCUAUACAACAAAGCGACAAUGACCAUGCCAGAUGUUUAUUUUGUCAAUAUUGCAAUUGCUGGCCUCAUCAUCAAUGCAAUCGCACCAAUGUACCUUCUAGGACCUGCCAGUACAAAAUGGGCCAUCUGGAGUUUCAACAGUGAAGUCUAUAUUACCUUGCUUAUCUUAUUCAAUGUAUCAUCUUUGGUUAUCAUGUACUCUACUACAUUGCUCAGUUUGGACUACUACAUUGAACGUGCUUUGCCAAGAACGUACAUGUCCAGUGUAUACAACACAAAGCAUGUAUGUGGAUUUAUCUGGGGAGGAGCUAUGCUAACCAGUUUUUCAUCUCUCCUGUUCUACGUCUGCAACCAUGUGUCCACUAAAAUGAUCGAAUGUUCCAAAAUGCAGAACAAAGAAGCAGCAGAUGCCAUCAUGGUUUUUAUUGGGUACAUCGUACCAGCCAUUGCCGUGUUGUAUGCACUUGUGCUGAUUUUGCGAAUCCGCAAGGAAGCAACACCACUGGACCAAGACAAUGGAAGAUUGGAUCCAUCAGUGCACAGGCUUUUGAUCGCCACCGUCUGUACACAGUUCACAUUAUGGACACCCUAUUACGUAACUCUUCUAGUAAACACAUUAACUAGCAUGCAAGGAAAAGUCACGGAUGAAAAUUAUAUUCGAAUAUUACAUUUUACCAAGGGACUGUCAAAAUUCUUGGCUUUUUCAAGCAGCUUUGUCAUGCCUCUACUUUACCGAUACAUCCACAAAAACUUUCCAAACAAGUUGCAACGGCUGCUUAAAAAACUGCACUGUGGAAAUCAAGGAUGCUCUCAUGAGCGCACAGUUGUUCAGCAAGUUAUAACGUAGGUAUGAAUGAAUGUUGCUGGGGCCAUACCUAGUUUGCAAAGCUUAUAGCCCAAGACACUCUCAUGUGGAGGCCGCCUAGCUAGGAGGAUGAGAAGGGGAUUACACUGUAAAUCAGCAGCUCACAGUUGUAACCUACACAGGUAGUGAAGCUGGUUGGAAAACGCUACUGAGAAUCUGUCUGUGGCUUAAAACCUUUUAAUUCCCAAAAUUUUUCAAUGCACUGAUUCAGUUACACAGUAUAUGCUUUGCUCUAGUAAUUCUGUCUAGAGAAAAUCACUAGUGGGCCAACUGGAGGCUUUGACUGAACACCUAGCACUUUGUGAUCUCGUAGAGUUAAAAGAGAUAUUUUAUGUUCCAUAUAAAAUAAUAUGAUUUUUAAUGUUACAAAGUAGUUUUAUUUCAAGGUGAGGACAGCAUCUUUUCAGUUAAGAUAAUAUCCACUAAUGAUCAAGCUGGUCAAAUUGUGUAACACUCUAAACAAUGAAGUAUCAAGGAUAAAAUUACUUUAAUAUUUAAUAUAAAUAAGGGAGAUUUUGUAAAAUCCUGAUUUAAAGGAAACAUUUAUUUGCAAAGCUAAAAUAGAUUAUUCGCAGACUUAUCUUUGUUUUGAUGUAUUCAUAUAGUCAUACUGCAGAAAAUAUGGGGGAAAAACACCCAAAUCAGUUUUCUUUACUUGCAUUACAAAAUCAUUUCAGUCAGAAGUAGCCACCUUUCAAGAAAGUUUUAAAAAUAUUCUCCUAUAAAAAUGAAGGACAGAGGCGUUGACAAUUUUAACAUGAAAAUGAAAAGAUCACACAGGGUUAAGGAGUGUCUAUUUAACCGUUAAUGGAUUUAUUCUUGGAUAAGCUUUCGUGGACACUGUGUACUUCAUCAGAUGCAUCUGAAGGGGACAGUGCCCUCAAAAGUUAUGGCAGAAUAAAUUUGUCUUUUAAGACUCCUCUUUGUUAUUUUGGCUGAAACAGACUAACACGGCUACCCCUCUGGAAAGUAUUUAAUUGUUAUGGUCCACACAUAUUCAUACAGGCACACUUAUGUUCUUUUAACAACUGAAUAAAUGUGCUUCUUAUUACCUGUAUAAUGGGCAACUUUAAAGGUUUACAAAAACAGAAAUUUAUGAUUUAGGUAUUGAUUGACAGGAGCUUUUGGAGGAGAUGCAACUUACUGGUAGCUUCUUACUAGCUUGUGCCACAGAGCAACAGUUUGACGUGAGUAUACAGCCUAUGAAAUGCAUUUGGAGCAGGAUUGCUGUGCCGCUUUGGACCAGGUUUCUGCCAUUCUUCUAGGGUCAAAAGGGCCGUAAUACAGUGUUUCAUUGCUCACAUAGACCCUUUUUAAUCCUACUGCAGAAAAGCUGUACCGGAAAGGCAAGAGAUGCUCCAGAACAGUGUUCAGUUUAGUAUGAGGGGCUGCGCAUGGAAGGGGGAAAUUGCCAACCUCCUCAUGGGUGUGCAGAAGCACCUCAGACAUACACAUCGGGCAAUCUACAGCAAACGGUUGCCUGCUUUGGCCUCAGGACAAACAUUUGUCUCUGCUACACAAACACAUGGAAAAUGGUUAAUCAUGCACAUAAUACUUCCUCUCCUUUCCGCACUUUAAUACACAUGCAUUCUUCUCUUCACACCCCUGAUUCCAAUCUUCCUGCUAGGAACUUACCUAUUUUUCUCAGGAACAUAUUGAAUUAACUAAAUUAUUCUUUCAGUAAUUUAUUGAACAGAUAUUUCUUCAAACGCUCUUUAAUUUAUGUAACAUCAAUAAGUUCACUCUGUUGAGGUUUGUCUACAUAAAGGGCUAUCCGGCAUGAGCAUAACUGCAUGUGUUAGAGGCGCACUAUGUUUCAGAACCUUCAACCACCUUCUCCCUUCUCCUCCCGCCCCCCAGCAUUACAUUACACAGAAUUUUUCACAUAUUUUGGGUCCUUUCAUGACUUGCUUUUUGGUAUUCCAUAUUCAGCACCUACAUGUGGACAGGGAGACAUUUUUCUCCCUCUCUCAAAAUACUAGAACCCCGGGGUCAUCCCAUGAAGCUGAUUGGUGGGGAGAUCCAGGACAAAUAAAAGGAAGGACUUCUUCACACAGCGCAGAGUUAAAUUAUGGAACUCACUACCACAAGAUGUAGUGAUGGCCACCCAUUUGGACGGCUUUAAAAAGGGGUUGAACAAAUUCCUGGAGGCGAAGGCUAUCCAUGACUACUAGCCCUGAUGGUUGUGUGCUAUCUCCAGUAUUCAAGGCAGUAAGCCUGGGUGCACCGGUUGCUGGGGAACCUGGGUGGGAGGGCGCUGUUGCACCAUGUCCUGCUUGUUCAUCCCUGGCCGAUGGCUGGUCGGCCAUUGUGUGAACAGAGUGCUGGACUAGAUGGACCCUUGGUCUGAUCCAGCAUCAGGUCACUUCUUAAGUUCUUACAUUCCACCAGACCUCUAUAGCCUAACUACGUUUUAACACCAAAAUAAUAUUAUUAGUAAAACAGGAAGGAGGCAUUCCCUGUUUUCUUCCUUUCACUAGCAGUUUCACUCAACAAGAAAAAGAUGCAGGAAACAACUGUGAUUCCUCUCCUUUAUGCUCUUCAGAUCUCUCUCCAAUUUUCAUCAUGCGCAGGCAAACCUGUCUCUCAAAACGGAUUUCCAAAACUAGUUCUCACAGCUCCAGCUUAACUGACUGAUUUCCCAACAUCUUUGUACAACAGAAAGUGCUGUUUGCCUGCUUUGCACAGCUAAAACGGACGUAAUUUAUUUGGAUAUGAUAUUCUGUUGAUACGAGAUGUUUGGGAAACAUACACAUGGAUUUCUAGUUGCCCUCCCCAAAGCAAAGCAGUUAAUAGCUAGUCACGUAUUAAAAGAAUCCUGUUUAAAUUCCACAAAGCGCCAUAAAUUCUCAGAAGAUAGAAUCGUGUUAAUUUCUUUUGUCACUCGCUUACUCAUGUUUAUUCAGAGGUCAGUCCCGUUGAGCUCAAUGGAGUUUAUUCCCUGUUAAGUGUGCUUAGAAUGAAUGUUUCUGUCCUACUCACUGAAUAUUUGCUUCUAGACACAAGCACAACACCCCAACAUUAGCCCCUGUAAUUAGAAGACAGCACGAAGUGUCUGCACUGGUCAGGCUCGGUCUAAAUACGAAGAAAGAGCCUGGCCUUCUGCCUUCACCUGGUCAGCAGAACAGGAUCUCCUGCACCUUGCACUUCAGGCAUGUUUACUUGGAAGUAAGUUCAAUUGCACUUACUUCCUAGUGUGUACAUCACAGCCUUGGUUUAGGUUUCACUGCAGUGUCCUAGAAAGGUAAUUUCAGUGUUUUGCAAAAAGAAAAGUGCAGUAUUUUUUAUACAAGAAAACUUUCUAUCCGUUUUUUGCAACCAUCUGUACAAGUCACUAGUAUCAAGACUGUGCCCUAUAUUUAGAGCCACUUAAGUUCAAAAUGUCUGCUUAUUUCUUUGUAUUCAUCUGCGAUGUGAUCAUUUCAAAGUUCUGUGUUUUUCCACUUAAACUGAUUCAGUUUUAUAUGAGAGAGUGGAAGUUUGCAGUACAAGUGGGAACCUGCUAGUUUAACUGCUUUCCAGAUAAUGUACCACAAAGACAACCUAUGCUAUUCUUACCUCUAAAAUGCCAAAACAGAAAUCACAGUAGCCACACACACGUUCAUAAACUUUGGAUCUGGUGUGAUUUUCAGAUAAGCACUCGAGUAAAUUUCUAAAGAGGAGUCGAGUUUGCAAUCUUUAUUCCAGUAAAAAGGAAUUGGUCUUACGGAAGAUAUCAAGCAGUGAAGAUUAAGAAUGUUAAGGAAUUAGAAUUGGAAUCUGUUCUCAAAACUGUUUAUCAAAUGUGGGGCCUUUACAUUUCAAUGCCUGAAGGUUUCUGGUUACUUUGUAAAUAUGAGCCAAACUGUUUAGCGUUACAAUGAAUAUUACUGUAUAUAUGCAGAGAGAAGCAGUCUACUGAUGUAAAAAGAGAAUUAUAAAGAAUUUAUUAAAUUAUUUCCUGAGAUACAGAUUUAUCACCAUUUUAAAAGAAACUUCAUUAAAAAGUACUGUAUACGGUUUUAUGUGUACAGGAAGUCAGCACAAGAGUGCCAUUAUUAACAGUAUUAUUUUCUCAGAGUGAAGAUUAGUAUUUUUGAAAAUGAUUUAUGAUGUGUAGUUCUCCUCCUAACGGUGGAGACAAUUAUGUCAAAUCAAUAAACUAAUAAAAUUGUUCAUCCCUGUC